AUGGGCUGCCACAUCCGUUUGGACCUGGAAACGGGGGCUCGUGAAAACACCAACUACAUGAACAGUCGGUCCUGGGUAAUGCGGGAGAUCGCAUAUGGCCACGAGAAGCUCCGACUCAAGCCCGCUGACAUUCCGCGUCAUUCCGGGCACAAGGAUGCUGCAGCGCACGACUGGUCUGGAAAUACGAGUUCCUGUGCUGCUGUUGGAUGCCGUAGUGCCAAUGAGCUGUCAGAGAUUGCCGUGGGAAUCGCCAAUGUGACCAAGCUGCGAUACGACCACGGCAGCUGGUCUGUUCGGGCCUCUAAGACCUUCUCCGGUGUCUUGAAGCACAACGACCGGUUCGCUCUCAGGAACUUCAUGGUGCUUCGGCUUGAAGAGUUGCAGAAGAUUCAACAGCAGUCUUGGCAGAAGCACCGCAAGGCCAUACACUUUGCGCAUGCUGGCGGAGAUGUUUCUCCGGGACCUGGAACGGUCGUCAAGUAUGGGCCCUACAUGUUCUACGCCAAACUCGAUGUCGAGUCGCUCUUUGCUCAUGGUCAUGAGCUUUAUUUGACCGACAACGGCGUGGUUGUCUCCUGCCAGGAGGAUCCUGAUGGCUUGCGCUAUGAGAAGAAGCAACAGGAAGCAAGGGUAGGCUCUUCACUGCCGACGCGUCGCCAAGUCUCUCCACAGGGAGAGGCCGGGGACACCGUUCAUGGGAACGACCCCCUCGUCAAGAUUACACCUUGGAACAGCCUACCAAAGGCGACCCGGAAACUUCUUGGAGGAAAUUACGAAUGGGCGAGCUGGAUGACGCAUCCGUUGUCUGGCUAUGGCAUUCAUCCUGAAAGCCUCUGA